AUGAUGACGACAGAUAUUGAAGCAGUGCUCAAGUCCUUGACUCUAGAGGAGAAGAUCUCCCUUCUCGCGGGUCAAAACUUUUGGGAAACGGUACCAGUUCCUGGCAAGGUGCCCCAUAUUAAGACUUCAGACGGCCCCAAUGGAGCCCGAGGUGCCGACUUCACUGGCGGCACAAGAGCAGCUUGCUUUCCCGCCGCCAGCAAUGUUGCUGCUACCUUCGACUUGGACAUUGCCAACCGCAUUGGCCAAGCUCUCGCUGAAGAGACUCAGAGCAAAGGAGCCCGGUGUCUUCUUGCUCCUACCACAUGUAUACACCGCCACCCUCUAGGUGGCCGAAACUUUGAGAGCUUCAGCGAAGACCCGCUGCUCUCCGGAAAGCUUGCCUCCCAGGUCAUUCAGGGUGUUCAGUCCAAGGGCGUCGCUGCCACAAUCAAGCACUUUGCUGCCAACGAGCAGGAGACUGAGCGCAUGUCGGUAGAUGAGACCAUUAGUGAGAGAGCUCUGCGUGAGAUUUACCUCCGACCUUUUGAGAUUGCCGUCAAGGAAGCCAAGCCAUGGGCAGUCAUGACUGCUUACAACUGUGUCAACGGCGAGCAUUGCGACUCUAAUGCCUUCAACUUUAAAGUCUUGAGGGAAGAAUGGGGAUGGAAAGGUCUUGUCAUGAGUGACUGGGGUGGUACCAACUCGACGGCCGAGGCCUUGAAUGCCGGGCUCGACCUGGAAAUGCCCGGACCUACCAAUCGGCGCAAGAUUCCCGAUGUUCUUGCCGCUAUCAAGGAAGGCAAGACGACGGAACGCGCCAUUGAUGAUCGAGCUAGGGCAGUGCUCGAGUUCAUCGACAGGCUGAAGGCUUUCGAGGACCCUACGAUCCCGCCUGAGCAGGCCAUCAACAAGCCCGAGCACCAAGCUCUCAUUAGAGAGGCCGGAGCCAAGGGCUGUGUGCUGCUGAAGAACGACAACGGAGUUCUUCCGCUAAGCAAAGACAAGGUCAAAGGCAAGAAGGUUGCUGUCUUUGGCCUGGCCAAGACUCCGCUUGCCCACGGUGGUGGCAGCGCCAGUGUAAACGCCCACUACAAGAUUGCCCCUUGGGACGCCUUGCAAGAGGCAGUCGGCGACUCUGCCGAGCUCGUAUACUCCCAAGGUGCACACACUCAGCGCAUCUUGUUGCCCAUUGGCGAAGACAAGUCUGCCGGCUCUAUAGUCGGCCUGGAUGGCAAGCCUGGUUUUACCCUGCAGGUUUUUGACAAUGCCACCCAAGCAAUCGAAGAGACCACUCAUGGCCACCCGUCGUCUUCCAUCUCACCCCUUGGAUCCAAGGCAACCCUCUACAAGAUUCUCGAGUUCGUCGGCGACUUCACGCCGACUGAGAGCGGAUCGCACUACCUGGGUUGCACUGGCCUGGGCCUCACCCAGGUAUACGUCAAUGACAAGCUUGUCUAUGACCAACAGAAAGCUUCUCCUGAUGCCAUGGGUUUCCUGUUUGGGGCAAUUUCCGAGGAUGAGUUCACUUACCCCUUCACCGCCGGCAACGCCUACCGCAUCAGAGUUCGCAGCUUGCCUCCUAUCGACGUGCCUGGUCUAGAGAUUUUGAACGGCCGCAGUGGUGUUCGUCUCGGCCUGCAACUGGCUUCUGAGCACGAUGCUGAUCUGCAAGGUGAGGCAGUUGCCCUAGCCAAGGAUGCAGAUUACGCCCUUGUCUUUACCGGCCACGAUCCUCAGUGGGAGACAGAGGGGCAGGACCAAGAAUCUUUCAACUUGCCACGCAAGGGCACUCAAGAUGCCCUCAUUAGCGCGGUCGCCAAGGUGAAUCCCAACACUGUGGUCAUCAACUCGACGGGUGUCGCCAUUGCGCUGCCUUGGUUGGAACAGGUUUCCAGUUUGGUCCACGCCGGCUUUCCCGGACAGGAGUGCGGCAACUCCAUUGUCGAUGUGAUCACUGGCGCCGUUAACCCCGAAGGCCGACUCCCCAUGAGUUUCCCCAAGCGACUCGAGGAUGCCCCAGCGUAUGGUAACUUUCCCGGCGAGUACGUCAAUGGCCAGCUCAAGGUCGAGUACAAAGAGGGCGUCUUUGUAGGCUACCGCCACUAUGAUCGCAUUGGGCGCGACAAGGUCAAUUUCGCCUUUGGACACGGUCUGUCGUACACGACGUUUGCAACGGACAGUCUGCGCGUCUCUAGGAAAUCCGAGACCGAGUUUUCUGCGAGCGUCAAUGUCACCAACACGGGCAAGACGCAAGGUGGCACUUUGGUCCAGCUGUAUGCCGGUAAUGCCACCACGAGCCCCGAGCACCCCAUCAAAGGACUGGUGGCUUUCAAGAAGAUUCGACUCGAGCCGGGCCAGACGCAGACGGUGGAUUUGGCAGUGGCUGCCCGCGAUCUUGGUUUCUUUGACGAGUCUAGAGGCCAGUGGGUGGUUCCAGCGGGUCAGUACGAUUUCUCGCUUGGUGAGUCGGCGCUUGAUAUCAUUCAGACGGUCAAGGUGGCUGUCGAGAAGGAGUUGACCUCUGCUCCGUGA